UCCGCUCACAAUCUCUACGGUGUUUUUUUUUUUUUCUUUCUUUUUUGUUAAAGCAAACCAACGCGCGAUGUAAAUAUAGGAACCUCAAACCUCACACAUACCGGCCGAAACAGAGGAAAUAAAGAAAGCGGGCGGGCUACAAUAGUAUGAACUAAGCCUGCCUCCCGUCAACAACACUAAUACUCCCUCCUACCGUUUCGGCAGUUCUCUGCAGUACAGUGUGAACCAUGGCCACCAAAUCGCACCCCCCCUUGAUGAAGAAGAACAGCCAGUCAGACCUAGUCAGCCGGCUGAAGACCAGGAAGAUCCUUGGGGUCGGAGGGGAAGACGACGGUGGAGAAGUGCACAGGUCUAAGAUCAGUCAGGUUCUGGGCAACGAGAUCAAAUUUUCAGGUCGGGAACCUUUGGGCCUCAGGGUUUGGCUGGUUGUUUCCGCGGUGAUGCUCACGGUCUUGGCUUUAAUGGCCCUCACAUUCCCUAUCCAGCUGUAUGAUGCCAUCUUCGAUGAGGAGCUUGUUGGCACCAAGAUGUCCAUUAGACUGUAUGGAGGUGCACUUCUCAGCAUUUCCCUAGUCAUGUGGAAUGCGCUCUACACAACAGAGAAGGUGAUAAUCCGAUGGACCCUGCUGACAGAAGCAUGCUAUUUCGGUAUACAAUUUUUAGUGACUGCCAUCACCCUGGUUGAGAACGGCACAGUGUCCAACAAAGCUCUUGUCCUGGUCUUCAGCCGAGUUGCGUUUGUCGGCAUCAGCCUCUGUUACUACUACCAGCUGGGGCGCAGGCCCAAGAAGAUCUGAACCCAGGAGAGGGCUUCGGCUCUGCACAGCAAGGGAGGCUGUCCUGACCAGACCCAGAUUUACACUACCUUUUCCAUUUCAUCCUCAACACACAAACCUUGUCUAUACAACCCAGGAAUAGACAGGUACAAUAACAUUAGUACAUGGGCAUUUCCAGCAAUAUUUGGUAACAUUUGUGGAGGUUAGUGUCAAAGCAGUACCGCAUGGUAAGUGAUGUUUGAUGGGCAACUUCAAGCACUUUUAUUCCUUAUUACAGUCAAGACCUUGCAUUAUUCUAUUAUGACUGCCAAAAUGAAUGCAUAUAAUGGCCUUGAGGUAGCUGGUUCAUCUUAUAAAUAGUUGGCUGGAAGAAGGGAAUGUGUAUUGUGCAGAGACAUGAGGAUUGCUCACUUUGCCUGACCUCCCCACUUUUUCAAUAAGUGGCAGUUUUAGGAAGGGUUGGAAGGUGGCUGUUCAUAUGAGUAAAUGUGGAAUAUUUUUUCAUGAACAUUGAGCAUCCUUUUUAUACAAUUGGGAUUAAAUAAGGAAUAGCAUUUUAGUUUAAUAUGUAAUAGUUCAAAAUCUGCCACUUAUUGUAAACGAAAGUUACCAAAUAUAUGAUUGAACAUAAAAGUACCAAGAUAUAAAUUUGUUUAUGAAGUAAAUACAGUAGAUUUAUAAUAGGAUUGCCAUAUCUAACAUAUGUAUGUUGGUACUUAUCUGCAUUUAAGUCAGUUAUCUGCAAUUUGUAUCUGUGUGAAGCAACGUCAGCUGAUGUGGUGCUGCAGUAGUUCAGUGGCCAGUUGUGUGCUUCUCAAACAUUAAAAGGUAGAAGAUACAGUACUGUUUUAUUCCUUCUUCUUUGUGUAAACCUGUUUAAAAUGAUGUGUUCAUUUUCCUGUGGCAUAUAUUGAUACAGCACGACAGAAAAUGAGCUCUGGUUUGGGGCCAAUUUCAGCUCAAAUGACCUUCCAGAACUUUAGUCUUCCUGAUUUGUGGACUAUAAGUCGCAUAUGUUGUGCCUCUGGUAUCAACUCCUACGUGUGGGUUCAGAGAGAUUUAAAUAGAAGGGAUGUCAUUAUCAACAAGAGAGAAGCUAAAGUCAUGUAUAUAUUUGAAACACACCAAGACUUUAUCAUAGUUUGCAUUCUAAAAUUAUGCAUUGCGAUGCAUACUGUGUAUUUCCUUUUACUGUAAAGCCAUACAUAUUUGCAAGCCUUUUAUUAUGCGUUUUUCACAUAUGGAAAAAGUAAAUCCACUAA